AUGAUAAUAAACAUUAGUGACUUAUUCUUAAGUUUCAUAGGGGGAAUAAUGAUUGGAGUGGCAUGCAGUAUGUAUUACAUCACAAAAGGAAGAAUAACUGGGAUCAGUGGAAUAUAUUUCGGUGUAAUUACAUUUAAUUGGAGUGAAUUUUAUUGGAAAUUAUCUGUUCUUUGUUCGAUUGUAUUCGCAACAGGAUUGAUGUAUUAAGUUUAUGGGUAUUACUUUUUGUGAUUUAUAGAGAUGAGAGAAUAAUGGAAAGCUCAUCGUUGGCAUUUAAUGAAAUACCUCAGAUCACAAGUUUAUCUACAACUUUAGCAGGGAUAAGUGGUAUAUUGAUAGGGAUUGGAUCUAAAUUGUGUAAUGGAUGUACUACAAGCCAUGGAUUUUGUGGUCUAGCAAGAAUAUCUCUUCGUUCAUUUGUUGCUUUUGGUUUGUUUAUACUAUUUGGAAUGAUAAGCUGUUAUGUAACAAUGAGUGAACACAAAGAAGAUGGUUAGGAGAAAUAUAAUUACAAUCAUGUUUCAAUAAUAAUGAUCGGAUUAAGUUUGGUAUUAUUAUCUGGAACGUUGUUGGGAGCAUAUCUUAAUAAACAUUAAUUCAUUGAUACAGUUAUUGGGAUACCUGCUGGAUUAUUAUUGGGAAUAGGAGUGGUAUUUUCAGGCAUGAUCAAAAGAACAACCAUUUUGAGUUUUCUUUCAGUAGAAUAAUGGAAUCCAUAAUUCCUAUUUGUAAUUUUGGGGGCAAACCUAGUAUGUUACUUUGGAUUUAAAUUAUUGAAGAAACCUAUUUUCGCAGCAGAAUUUUUAUAUCCACCUACGAAUAAGGUGACAAAUAUUCUUUUGGUAGGGGCAUCUUUAUUUGGAUUUGGAUGGGGAAUGACUGGAAUCUGUCCAUUGGUUGGACUGGCUUUGUACCCAUAAUUCACAUGGCAAAUAGGAUUGAUGUAUUUGGGAUCAGUUUCUAUGGGAAUGAGAAUUGCACAAUGUUAUCUAAAUAAAUACUAAAAAGUAGAGGAAUAAGUGAUUCAAAUCAACAGCAACAAUUAUAACUACAAAACUGAGAAUGAAUAAAAUGAUCAGCUUUGA